AUGGCCAAGAAUACGCAAUUCAACUCGGCGCUCAAGCAGUCUACCUCUAUAAAACGAGACCUGACCAGCAUCACCUCAGCCCCUGAUGGCGCGCCUCCCACUCCCGCCGCGCUGGGCUCCCUCUCCGCCUCCCUGACGGCAUUUUCGCGAACGCUAGACGAAUACAACGCGCUAGCGAAGCAGGAGCUCAACCCGGCCAAGCAGGAGAAGGCGUACGAGCGGAUCAAGAACUUCCGGUCCGAGCUGUCGUCGUUCCGGACACAGCUCGACGAGUUGAAGACGCGGCGCGAAGAUGCGCUGCAUUCGCAAAACCGGUCGGAACUUCUCGGCCGAAGACCCUUCGCAACCGCGACGCCCGAGAACCCGUACGCGAACAUGCCGCCGCAGACUUCUCCCUCGGUCCCGCCAAAUCGGUACGGCAGCGGGGGAAGUCAGCUUAGCAUGGGCAGCAACGACUAUACCCGAGAAUCGCACGCGUUGCGCGAACAGACCUUCUUCGCGAACACCAACACCGCUCUAGACGAGUAUAUCGCGCGGGGACAGGCCGUGCUCGGGGAUCUAGGCACGCAGCGGGAGAUGCUCAAGAACACGCAGAAGAGAUUAUAUAGCGUCGCUAAUACGCUCGGCGUCAGCGGAGACACCAUACGCAUGAUCGAGAGGAGGGCCAAACAAGACAAGUGGAUCUUCUGGGGCGGAGUGGUGGUGUUUUUCGGCUUUUGCUGGCUGUGUCUGCAUUACCUCCGAUAG